CACUGUUUGGAACUUGCCGCGGGUCGGUUGUGUGCCUGUUUUCGCUCGUUUUUUUUUUUGGUGCGCAACUCAAAGUGAAACCGCAACGGAAAUAGUUAAUAACAAUCUGCGUAUUCCGUCACCUACGAGAGCGAUAAGCGCAGCUAGAUAAGCGCAACCGUAAAUAACGGUUCAACAGUUUAAAUAAUUAGUUAAUGGACACGAUCAUCGCUUGGUGGCAGCAGAAGCGGUAAAGCAGUAAAAGCGGCAGCACCAGCACCAGCAAGUUGCAAGUUGCAACUGCAACAAAACCCAGACAAAACGGCGUUCCUACAGCAGCGGCGCCUCUUCGGCGGCGGUAAUGUGUCAUCAACAUCAAUGAAACACCAGCCGCCGCCUCCUCCGCUGCCCUUAACGCAGCCCCCUCCGCUGAGUGGCGGUGGCGGUGGUGGUGGCGGUGGUGGGGUUGCUUCUGGUGCUUCUGGCAGCGUCAUCAGCAGUGGAACCAGCAGCAGCAGCAUGGUGGCCAAUGCCAUUAGCAGCCUCAAUGGCAACACCAGUGCCACCAGCAGCAGUUGCAACCAACCAGCCAACAACAAUCACAACAACAACAACAACAACAACAACAACAUCAUUAUCAGCAGCAGCCGCGGCAGCAGCUUCGAGUCAGGAAAAUGUCGUCCACCCCUCUACCCGAAACCCAAGACGCCCUCGUUUGACAAGGACCGUGACUACAUUGGUUUUGCCACGCUGCCGGAGCAGGUGCACCGGAAGUCGGUGAAACGUGGCUUCGAGUUCACGCUGAUGGUGGUCGGCGAGUCCGGCCUGGGCAAGUCGACGCUGAUCAACAGCCUCUUUCUCGGUGACCUUUACAAGAACCGCCAGAUGCCCAAUGUGGAGGAGCGCAUCGAGAAGACGACACGCGUCGAAAAGAAGACCAUGGACAUCGAGGAGCGGGGCGUACGGCUGCGCCUCACUGUGGUGGACACGCCCGGUUUCGGGGAUGCCAUCAACUGCGAGGACAGCUGGCGGGUGUGCACCUCGUAUAUCGACGAGCAGUUCCGCCAGUACUUCACCGACGAGAGCGGACUGAAUCGGCGCAACAUACAGGACAAUCGGGUGCACUGCUGCCUCUACUUUGUUCCGCCCUGGGGGCACAGCCUGCGACAGAUGGAUCUGGACCUGAUCAGGCGGCUGCAUCGCAAGGUGAACAUUGUGCUGGUGAUUGGCAAGGCGGACUGCCUGAACAAGCAGGAGGUGCGCAAGCUCAAGGAGCGCAUUCUGCAGGACCUCGAGGACAAUCACAUCCAGCUGUACCAGUUCCCCGAAUGCGACUCCGACGAGGACGAUGACUUCAAGCAGCAGGACCGCGAGCUGAAGGCCUCCAUCCCGUUCGCCGUCGUUGGCAGCAACACCAUUCUGGAGGUCGCAGGCAAGAAGGUGCGCGGCCGCCAGUAUCCGUGGGGCGUGGUCAAUGUGGAGGAUCCGGAGCACAGCGACUUCAUCAAGCUGCGCACCUUCUUGAUAUCCACGCACAUGCAGGACCUGAAGGACACCACACAGGAUGUGCACUACGAGAACUUCCGGGCGCAGUGCAUCUCACAGAUCUCGCAGCAUGCGCUGCGGGAGCGCGGCAAGUUGAAGCGCGACUCGAUCAGCUCGACGAACGGCUUCGAUGCGGCCAUUUCGGAGACGGAUCGGCUGCUGCUGCAAAAGGACGAGGAGAUCAGACGCAUGCAGGACAUGCUCACGCAGAUGCAGGAGAAGCUCAAGCAAACGCAUCUCAUGGAGAUGAAGAAGAAUGACAGCGUGAUCGAUGUCUAGGCGGGACGGGAUAGGACGGAACGGGACGCUGGAGAGUGACGGAGGAAUCGAGCAAGGGACGUGUUCGAGCGUGUUCAAUUUUGCACCUUGAUAUUGAUAGAUACACAUACAUACAUAUUUAUGUAUAUGCGAUACGACUUAUAUAAUGUGACCCAGAGAGAGAGAGAGACACACACACAUGUCGCAUCCUGGAGCUGCAGCUGCAACCAAAUCAAUUUCUUAAGUUCUUAAGCUAGCACUGUUUUUGCUCCUUCUCCUUCCGUUCCGUUUUCUUCGGACAGUUAAUCCAUUAGUUGCAAUCUUAAAAAAUGUAGUUACGAGACUAAGCCAGCGAUAGACAACGAUAAGAGAACGGUAGUGGCGACCCUUCCGCAGCAGAGACCAAACACAACACGGCACAACAACCAAAAUGCAGAGAAUUGAAUCCCCCCUGCCUACCUACUACCUACACUCUGCCACUGGCAUCGAAGCCUUUUUCCAAUAUUGUAGUUAAUAACAAUUUGUACGAGCCUCAUCCCCAUCCCCAUCCCCAU